AUGCUAAUGAGAUGCGUUGAAGGCGGAGUCAAGAACGACCAAUCGCGGUGCCGCGAGCCCAAGCGGGCUCUCCGCAGCACUCGACCCCCCCCUCCCCCACCCCGCCCGCUGGCGCUGGGGUUCGGCGGCGCGCCCGCACAACCGAGGGGCGGGGCCGAGGGGCGGGGCCUAUGCAAAUAUGUUUACGGGGAGGGGGCUUGGGCUCGAGAGGGCGGGUCUAGCUUCCCGUACACCUUAUUAGAACGUUUACUGCAAUCACUGCAGCAGACGGAGGACUGGAGACUUCCUGGGAGGUUCCUCCGCCCGGUACGGCGUGUGCCUCGGGCCUAUUCAAAUCCCAGGUUGCAAAUCUCCGUCACUCACCUCGCACGAAGGAAUAAGAUUUUUGAGAAACCGGGUUGUGCGGGAGUGGAGAGUGAGAACGCAGGUUCCCGGAUUGACAAAACAAUCUGGGAGAAGUGCAUGCGUGUUGCACGCCCGGAGGAGCCGGAGAGCCCGCGCAACAACCUAGCGGCGGACUUGGGGAUAGUUGGGAGACUGGAGCCUUGGAGUUGGGUUCUGGGAUUUUCAAGUGGAUGUUUUGGCUGUAGAUUCUGGGAAAAGGAUUACAUGCACACUACAACAACAGCAGAAUCUACCCAGCCAAGGUUUGUGGGGAGAGGACUGUGGGGAACACAGCACUGCAAAGAAGAUCGUGUGGGUUCUGACCCUCUGUUGCUCAAGCAUCAAAUUGAAGGACGAACCAGCCGUAGCCCAGAUGCAGGAACUAUAGAUAGUCCUCCAGAAGUGGAGGGAGCUCCAGCAGGCAAAUCCCGGUACAGGAGGCAGAGAAUCACCACCACAUGGUCACCCGUGAUCCAGUGUGCACAGUCCUGUGUAUUCUUAACACCUCUGACCGUGAAGAUUCCUAGAUCACACCUGAUACAAAGCAGAAGCCAACCAAUAUCAGAAUAAAAAUAAUCGAGGCUGUGUCUGUGUAUACUCAAAGUCAGGUUCUGCAUGUCAGAAAUGAUGGCACAGGGCCAGGCACGUAAUAGUAUCCACUAUUUUUUUUUUUUUGCUUC